CCGCCUCUAAUUUCUAGUGCCACACAGAUGCUUUCUUGUUGGCUUUGGGGACAUCCAUUGGUUCGUGACGAAUGGCUUCGUGGUUUUCUUGUGGAUCUAAACUAGAUGAGAAAGUUCCCUUGAUAGCUGUGGAUGGGAUAUUUGGUGCACACCUUCUUAAUGAAAUAAUGCUAAUAAGGAUUAUAGGCAGGUAUCUUAUAAGGAUUGUAUUCUAGCAAGCUUAUUGUGGGUACCUAGCUCCUUACAUCUCUUAACAGGUUGGAUGUUAAGUGCAUGUGCCUGUUUAGUUGGGAGGAAUGGCUUUGGUUACCAGGUUGAUGUUGGUUAAGGAUGGCAAAGGCUUGGGUUUCUUAUCGAUCCAUAUAGACCAGAUUCAAGAACCCUUUAAUUGGGUUUGAGAUGGGUUUGGGUAGAACAAUAGGUGUCCGAGUCGGCUUUGGUUCAUGUUUGAUACCCGAUAGUCGGGUUCCUAUAACAUGAGGUAGGGAUGGUAGUGGGUAGGUUUGGGUAUCUAGGUUAAUCCUAUUGAUUCGGGUAGUGAAGUAGCUACUUGGGCGAGGAUUUGGGUAAAAUUCAUGAGCAUCGAACUCGCCGUUAUCACUAAUGUUGGUCCAAGUUAGCUGCUUAUUUGGAGCAUUUGAGAUCGAAACUGUCCAAGUCAAAGCUGCAGUAAAGCAUUGAUGGCUGCCACUGCCAUGUCUUUGUGCUUUUCUAAUCGUCCUCCUUGGAUGAUGCAAAUGGCCGUAAAGAAUCAUGGAAUAAAGCCAGUCAUUCAGCACAGAUCUUUAUCUCGAUCUAUUAUCCACAGAAGAAGCCGACACCAUGUUGGUCGGCGUUCAGGCUUAUCAUCCCAUAGGUUUGCUGUGUUUGCAACCACUGAAGGCUCAGCAAAAUCAAACAAGUCAGAUGAACAGAUUCCCUCUUGGGCUAGACCUGAUUCCGAUGAACCUCCACCUUGGGCUCGUGAUGAGGGCGACAAAAGCACUUCUCAGUCAUCAGUCAAGAUCCCUUUUUUUGUGUAUUUACUUGCAUCGGCCAUAACAGCAAUAGCAGCGAUUGGUUCGGUGUUUGAGUACGUAAACCAGAAGCCUGUUUUUGGGGUCCUACAAUCAGACAGUGUCUUCUAUGCACCAUUGCUUGGUUUCUUUGUUUUUACUGGAAUACCUACCUCGGCAUUUUUGUGGUUUAAAUCUGUGGAAGCUGCAAACAAAGAAUCUGAGGAGCAAGACAGGAGAGAUGGAUAUCUCUAAAAGUCAACAGCAUUACAUGCAUUUCCUAUCACCUGUUGCAAUAUUGUUCAUAAAACCAGAGUACAUACGAAUUUCCUUUUUCUUUUUUUUUUGCUUUGUCAUAUUGAUCAAUGAUGCAUGUUCGUAUUGGGUGGAAAGUAUAAGAGAUGAUGAGUUAACUGUGGCAUUUUAUGAUUUUUUUCA